AUGGCUGCAAACAGCAGCUCUCUUGGUGGUGUACAUGGCCUGUUUCUUAUAUGGGUUGCUUUAUGGGUCCUUGGAGACGGGCCUUUCAAAUGUAUGUUCAUGUCUCUGACCUUGUACUACCCCCAGUGUAGGCUUCAAACAGGCAUUCAAGGUGCCUUUGGCAAGCCCCAGGGCACUGUGGCCAGGGUUCACAUUGGCCAAGUUAUCAUGUCCAUCUGCACCAAGCUGCAGAACAAGGAGCAUAUGAUUGAAGCACUAUGCAGGGCCAAGUUCAAGAUCCCUGGCCGCCAGAAGAUCCACAUCUCCAAGAAGUGGGGCUUUACCAAGUUCAAUGUGGAUGAAUGUGAAGACAUGGUGGCUGAGAAGCAGCUCAUCCCAGAUGGCUACAGGGUCAAGUACAUCCCCAAUCAUGGCCCUCUGGAUGAGUGGCAGGUCUUGCACUGGUGA